AUGACGACGUUGCAUACGCCAGCCAAAACCAAUAAGGGCAAUGAAGAGGCAGAAGCUGCAUUGAAUACGCUGGUCCACAUGCGUGGAAUGGCUCAAGGGAAUGUCACUCGAAUCAAGAACAUCUUGGCUCGAGCCGAAGCGGAUCAGACUGAACUAACUCCUGCUCAAGUAAAGGUCUAUAUCAAGAAGGUGGAAACCGCAUACACCGAAUAUCACCAGUUACAUCAGCAAGUUAUGGCCAGUCUUCCAAUCAACAAACGAGAAGAGCAGGAUGCAAAGUACUUGAGUUUUGAAGCGUUACAUGAAGAGGUAUCAACUAUUCUCGAAACCUGGCUCGGGAAUCUGACAGCACCUCCACAGAAUCAGCUCCAACAAAUGGCCCCAGUCACUGGGAAUCAGCAACCGGUGGUAAUCCAGCAGUCCCUUCCUCGUGCGAUUCCCACGUUUGACGGAAGAUACGAGAACUGGGAAAAAUUUAAAAUCAUGUUUCGCGACGCCGUGGACCGUACCAACGAAGCACCACGCAUAAAGCUGUACCAUCUUGAGAAGGCUCUCGUUGGUGACGCAAUGGGGCUUAUCGAUGUGAAGACGAUUAGCGACGGGAACUACGAACACGCCUGGAAACUUUUAGAGGAGCGUUUCGAGGAUAAAAGGCGAAUGAUCGACAUUCACAUCGCUGGCUUACUCGGAACAAAGAAAAUACCGAAGGAUGAUUAUGCCGAUCUGAGAACACUGGUCGAAAGUAUUAGCGGUCACGUGGAGAAUCUCAAGUUCCUCAACCAGCAAUUCACAGGUGUGUCGGAGCUAAUUGUCGUUCAUCUUGUCGCUCGUUCUUUGGAUGCGACAACGAAGAAAGAGUGGGAAUCAACAAUAAAGCGAGGCGAGCUUCCCACCUACGAAAACACCAUCAAGUUUUUGAAGGACCGCGUCUCAGUUCUGGAGAGAUGUCAGGGUUCAAACGAAGAAUCUCGGUCCCAGCGAGGAACAGCCAAACAACUAACAGGGAAAUUUGCAGUUUCGAAGGCCAACACCGUAACGGCCUCUUCGACAUCGGAUCCACAUUGUGAGAUGUGUGGAGAAAGACAUCCUACGUUCAAGUGUUCGUCGUUUAACAGCCUUUCCACGAGUGAACGGCUGUCCAAAGUUAAAGAGAGGAACAUCUGUUUUAACUGCUUGAGGCGUGGACACAGCGUGAAGAACUGUCCAUCGAAGAAGUCUUGCUUUAGGUGCAACAAGAAGCAUCAUACAUUGUUGCACUUGGAGGGUAAUGCCAGCUCGACGAGGCCUUCGAGUGAGAGCAGUGAAGAGAAGCAUUCGCAGUCUAACCCAAAUUCUGCGAUUGGAAUACCUGGCUCCAGUAAAGCACCGGAGUCCAAUAAGAAACCGGAGACCCAGCCAUUGGUUACGGCAGUACACACUAACAACCCGAUGAAUUUGGCGAGUCAGGUGAUCUUACUAACCGCCCUUGUUCAAGUGGAUGAUCAACAUCAGCGCUCUCGUUUGUGCAAAGCCCUGUUAGACUGCGGAUCCCAAGUGAGUUUUGUAACGCAAUCAUUGGUCGCUACUCUUGGGAUUAAAGUGGAAGAAGUAAGUGUCCCGAUAACAGGCAUUGGCAGUGUGAGAUCAACUAUAAAACAAAAAUGCACCAUAAAUGUCCGCUCUAGAUGUAAUGACUACUCAUUCCUCGUGAAUUGCUUGGUCUCACCGAAAAUCACCGGUCGCAUUCCAUCGGUGAAGAUAAAUUUGGACAAUUGGGAACUGCCACAAGGUCUAAAACUGGCUGAUCCGUCGUUCCAUGAACCCAGCCAAAUUGAUUUGCUUAUUGGCAUGGACUGGUUCUAUGAUAUAAUGAAACCAGGGUGCUUUAAACUAAACGACGACCUACCUAGCCUUCAUGACUCCCAACUGGGAUGGUUAGUGGGUGGUAAGCUGCUCGAGAGGUCCUGUUCAAACCUUGCGAUGAACUCCUGCGCUGUUAGCGUCGAUCCAAUGGAAGAGCUUAUGCAUAAAUUUUGGGAAGUGGAAAGCGUUUCACCAGAGAUGGUUCCUUCGAGCGAGAAGGAGCAGUGCGAAGCACACUUCACUGCAACAUAUCGUCGAGACGACAGUGGUCGUUUUAUCCUCCAUCUACCGCUGAAGGACAACGCUCCCCAGCUGGCAGAUUCUCGUUCUAUGGCCUUGCGGAGAUUUUACAUGUUGGAAUCGAAGCUACAACGUAACCCAGAUUUGAAAGUCCAGUACGACGCCUUCUUGGAUGAGUACGAGACUCUUGGGCAUUGCCACGAGAUCAAGGAGCAUGAUGACCCCCCUGGAAUAUUGAAGUUUUAUCUUCCUCAUCAUGCUGUUUUACGUCCCUCAAAAACGACUACCAAAUGUCGAGUUGUGUUCAACGCAUCGGCCAAGGUGUUUGGAUUAUCACUUAAUGACGUGAUGAUGGUCGGUGCUACAGUGCAGAGCGAUUUGCUGUCCAUAAUUCUUCGCUUUCGAAAGUUUCGAUACGUUUUGAGUGCAGACGUAUCAAAAAUGUAUCGUCAGAUGCUGAUCGACCCCGCCUUCACUCCAUUACAGCGGAUUUUCUGGCGGAAGUCCCCUCAAGAUCCUCUGCGAGUCCUCGAGUUAUCAACAGUGACAUAUGGUACAGCGGCGGCCCCAUUCUUGGCAACGCGGGCUCUUCUUCAAUUAGCUCGCGAUGAACGACACAGAUUUCCUCUCGCAGCGAUGAUCGUGGAAAGGAAUUUCUACAUCGAUGAUGCACUGUUUGGUUCCGACGAUUAUGGAGAAGCGUGUGAACUUCGGGACCAACUGAUAGGCCUACUGAAAUCCGGUGGGAUGCAUCUACACAAGUGGUCUUCCAACGAUGAUAGCCUUUUGGAUCCUAUUCCCAAUGAAGACAGAGAGCGAUGCGUUCCACUUGGUGACAGCGGUAUCAACGACAUUAUAAAAACAUUGGGUUUAAUGUGGAACCCUUCUACUGAUGAAUUCCUGUUCCGAUCGCAAUCUCCAGAGAAGAUCAAAGAACCAACAAAGCGACAAGUUCUGUCCGAAAUCGCCAAGAUUUUCGAUCCUCUUGGUCUUAUUUCUCCUGUGGUAGUAGUGGCGAAGAUUCUGAUGCAAAAUCUAUGGAUUUGUAAGCUGAAAUGGGACGAUCCGUUGGACGAUGGCCUUUUGUACCAAUGGGAAAGCUUUUUGACAUCGCUGCCAUCUUGUGAGCAGAUUCGGAUUCCACGCCAAGUUAUAUCAAGCGAAGCUAUCCACUACGAGCUUCAUGGGUUCGCCGAUGCCUCCCAGAAGGCAUACGGUGCUUGCGUAUACGUGAGGUCGAUUUUUCCUGAUGGCAGAGCAUCAUUGAGGCUAGUCAGCGCGAAGUCUAAAAUAGCACCGAUCACACCUGUGACGAUUCCGAGAAAAGAGUUACUAGCCGCUCGACUUCUAACAAGGUUAAAUAGUAAGGUUAAAGAAGCAUUAGAAAUGAACUUCACGUCUACGAUAUUGUGGUCUGAUAGUCAGGUUGUACUGGCAUGGCUACGAAAGCCACUUGAUAGUCUUCAAGUGUUUGUUCGCCACAGAGUUGCAGAGAUUACGUCCCACAAGCAUAUUGUCUGGAAGUACGUUCGGACCGACCAGAAUCCAGCGGACAGUGUGUCACGAGGACAAGCUGCCAAGGAAUUAGCAGAAAAUGACCUCUGGUGGAAUGGACCUCACUUUUUGCGUACCGUCGACUACCAAGAAGAGAAACCAAUUACUCUUACGGAUGUCGAGAUUCCAGAGUUGAGGGUCCAGCUGGCAGCUUUGCCAGUGAUGAACUACGAAGAAUUCCCACUCUUGACAAAGAAUAGCUCCUUCCGGAAAACGCAGCGGAUUUUGGCAUACGUGCUACGCUUCAUAUCGAAUACUAGAAAGAAGAAGGAAGACCGGUUGCUUUCAGCGUACCUCACCUUACCAGAACUUCGAACGGCAUUGCAUUUUAUCGUUGGAGCUGUCCAGCAUCAGGAGUUCUCCAAGGAGAUCGAGUGCAUUAGGUCAGGAGAGUUCAACCAUCGUCUAAAUAACUUGAAACCGUUUCUGCACAAUGAUCUACUGCGAGUGGGUGGUCGACUUAGCCAUUCUGAUCUACCAUUCGAAGUGAAACAUCAGUUGAUAUUACCUGACAAGAGUCCCAUCGUUCGUGGUUUAAUCGCCGAUAUACAUCGCGAGAAUCUCCACACUGGAUGCAGCAGCGUUCAAUAUCUUCUACGACAACAGUUUUGGUUGAUCAACGCAAGAUCUACCAUCAGAAAGGUGUUGAGAGGUUGUGUCACUUGCUUCCGAAUGAAGCCUACUACGAUCGAUCAACAAAUGGGGGAUUUGCCGUCAUACCGUGUCACCUCUGCACCAGCCUUUGAGAGAGUUGGACUUGACUUUGCAGGUCCAAUCUACGUGAAGCAACCUGGACGGAAAGCCACUUCAAUAAAGGGUUACAUCUGUGUCUUUGUAUGCAUGGUCACGAAGGCCAUGCAUCUGGAAGCAGUGGAAGAUUUGUCAGCAGAUUCAUUCCUGGCCUCAUUUCAGCGCUUCGUAUCCCGGCGAGGCUUUCCGAAGGAAGUGUUCAGCGACAACGGAACAAAUUUCAUCGGUGCAAGAUCAGCUUUGCGGGAUCUGUAUCUACUCUUCAAGGAGGAAGCCACCCAGAACAAGAUCUUCGAGUACUGUCAAGCGAAGCAGAUUGACUGGAGAACGAUACCCCCAAACGCGCCACACUUUGGUGGGCUUUGGGAAGCUGGAGUGAAGAGCGUAAAGACAGUACUAAAGAAAGUGUAUCAAUCUACUUCAUUGACACUCUUCGGACUUUCCACCCUGUUAUGUCAGAUUGAAGCAAUACUGAAUUCGAGACCAUUGUAUUCCUUAUCAAGCGACCCAACGGAACCGGAAGUGCUAACUCCUGGACAUUUCAUCAUAAACCGUCCACUUUUGGCUAUUCCCGAACCAUCAUUGAUGCAUCUUCCGACCAAUCGACUAUCGCACUGGCAGCGCAUACAGCAGUUGCGCGAACACUUUUGGAAGCGACGGUCUAAGGAGUAUGUCACCGAGCUGCAAGUAAGUGGAAAGUGGACCAACAAAAGGAACAACAUUCGACCUGGAAUGAUUGUCGUGCUAAAGGAAGAUAAUCUUCCCCCUCAAUGCUGGAGACUGGGACGUGUUGUGAAGGUUUAUCCUGGAGCCGACGAUUUGGUAAGAGUGGUUGAUGUCCAGACAAAAACGGGUACGUUUCAAAGGCCGAUACACAAACUUGCGCCUUUGCCGAUAGCUGAUAAUGAGUCUUCUUCUGCAAUUUCCACUUCUUGCCUGGGGGAGAAUGUUCAGUCCAACCUGUUCGAACUGAAGCGACAGAGUGGCAGCGAGCGAACGCUUUAUAUCCACUAA